AGCUCAAGAACCCCGGAGUCGGGACGACCUAGUCUGUUGGCCUGCUUGGAAUGCCGACAGAAGCACCUCAAGUGUGACGCGGUGACGCCACGAUGCUCUCGAUGCGUCGUUCGAGGGCUCGAUUGCAGCUAUACACCGAGCCGGCGGGGAUGUGUGGGUCGCUCGAGGAAACGACCUUUGGGUGCAGACGUUCUGUCGCCACCACGUACAGGCACUACCGGAUCACUCACUACCAGCGUCUCUCCAAACACCUUAGCAUCGCAAAAAGACGUGCCUUCGCCGAGUCGGGGUCCGCAAUUUCAAGGGCAAGCAUCACAUCCCAGACCCAAUGUGGCUAACGGAGUGUCCGUCAACCCAGCAGCACCAUAUUCGCAUAAGAUGACUGUGAGAAGUGUAGCCGAUGCACCACGACCUCCUCAGAGUGCUACAUCAGCAGAUCACACCGAAGCUCAUCUGCUCAACCUGUAUUACACGCACUUCCACCCGACACACCCGAUCCUUCUACCGCGAGGUCACCAUGGCUGGCAUGCUUAUCCCAACUACCUCCGUGUCGUAGUGCAGUUUGUCGGCAGUCAUUGGGCCCCAAGUGCCCCAUCCGCGCCGUUUCAAGCAACGGCAGCGCGUGAGCUCGAAGCCACUCCUACGGCUUCACCGCAUACUGUACAAGCCUACUUGCUGCUCGCAAUCGUGCUGCACGCGGGCAACGAGCUCCGCAAUGCAUCAAAGGCACUUGACAAAGCGAUCGACCAUGCUCUGAUGCUUCGCAUGUAUGAUGCUCAGUCCCCGACCUUGAGGUCCUCGGAUCCGGUUGUAGAGGAGAGCCACCGACGCACUUGGUGGGAGCUCUGGAUUACUGAUGGGUAUUGCGCGGCGCUCAACCGUCAACCUUCUUGGAGAUCUGAUGGCUGCAUUAUCAGUACACCACUUCCAUGCGAGGAGCCUUCGUACUCACAAGGCAUCAUUCCGCUCGACGCCCCGACGCCUCAACAGUUCAGAGAGCGGCUCUUCGCGGACGACGACCAGCAGUAUUCAUCGUACUGCUACCGAAUCGAAGCAAUGCGUAUCAUCUCGCGUGUACUGCUUGUAGCCAGCUCGUGCGAUGCGCAUCCAGAUGGAGUGCAAGCUGUCGAUAAUGCCAUCGCCGGCUGGAGGCAUCACCUAUCCGACAACAAGGCCGGCAUCCUCGAUGAGCUGGGCGAGGUAGACCAGCUCAUGUUUCAGGCCCACACUUUCAUCCAAUUUGCCAGCAUCCUGCUGCACUUCCCACGAAGUGAGCUGCCCUUGACUUUCCCGAGCGCAUCUGAAGUCGCAUGCGCAAGGGAGAUCGCACCAGUCACUCCUACGUCGACACAGCAUGCCAUCAAAGCGACGGCUGCUUCGAAAGAAAUGUCGAACCUGGCAGCCCUGCCGGUUGAGCACUACUCACCUUUCUUCAUAUGCGGGCUCGUCUUCAGCUGCAUGGUUCAGCUCUCCGCUUGCUACGCCCACUCAGGUAACUGCUUCGAGCAGCACCAGGACCGUGUAGCGCUCAUGACAGGCGUGCUCAGAUCGCUCGGACGCAGAUGGGAGAUCGCAAAUUGCGCCCUUGCUCGUCUGCGGCCGGUGGCUAAUGAGAUAUUC